AUGGUCCUGCUUACCUUUCUCCUCUACGAUGACCGAUGCAACCGCUGGCUGGAGCUUGAAACCCAAGACGAAGAUGGAAACUCGAUGAUCAGCUCAUGCAUACUCGGAUUUCGAGGAGUCGAAGCAGGAAACGAUGUAGAACGCGAGUUGGAACGUGAAGAAUGUGUUCGUCUGCUUGUCAAGGAAGGCGCAGACCUUUCAAGUGCAGAUCAUGCUGGAUGGACGCCCCUGCAUCAUGCUGCAUUACUCGCACCUGCCUCUCUCAUCUCCCAUUUACUCUCUCACGGAGCGUCACCUCUUGCGCUUUCCAGACGGAAGCUCACUCCUUUGGACGUGAUCACCGCAUACGAAGAUAUUCCAGGUCGAGAAGAUGCUAUCACAGUUCUUCGCGAGGCGACGAGGAAUGCUAUGACGUUCGAGGAGAGGGAACGACUCAAGAGUCUUGGUUGGAGGGGAGACGAGCGGCGCGAAAUGGAACGCCUACGAAAUGAACGACGAGAACGAAGGAAGUACAGAAAGAAGCGGAUAAAGGAGGAUGUGACGGCCGUCUUAGAAGCAGAGCUCAGUACUUCGAAUUGGAGCUGGGGAGAUAAUGCCGACUCGUCUAGUGAGGACGAGCUUUUCGAGCCUAGCGACUUGGACGAUGAAGAUAGUGAUGGGUAUGACUCUGAUACUCUCUUGACCCCACCGGAUUCGUAUAGCACCAUGCUCGUUUUCUCGCCACCUGCACUUGAUCGGCUCUUCCAAGCGCUAAUACCACUACCCUCUACCGUCACGACUCCUCGGAAGCUGCGCGAUCCGUUGCCGGCUCAAGCUCUGUAUUUCCACUGCCGGUUUGCAUGUAUAGCAUGCGAUCACAACUGGCUGGAGGAUCUCAUUGUCGCAGGGAUGGAUAGGAUCGAAGAGGUCGUUAUGGCAAAGCCCGAUGACCUGGCUUCACUGACUCACUGGCUGUUCAACACGACUCUUCUGUUGCAUUUACUCAGAUGUGACGAGUCGACUGCACAGAUUUGUGAGAUCCUUGGUCUUUUCGGACUAAUGGAAGAGUUGGUGAAUGUCGUCUUUGUCUUGAUCAUCCGCAUCAUUGAACGGCGACUAGAUCCCCUCAUAGACUCUGCGUUGCUAGACUACGUACCUCCAGAGCUUCAAGAAGACUGGGAUGCAGUUCAAUUUGAAGGAGAAUGGGACAGUUGGACCGGUCUGCUUGGUCGUGUCAUUAGCCCGAAGAAGAAGCCCGCGCCAGCGAAAACUCCAAGCAAAUGGGACCACCAAGCGGUGGGUGGAGUGCGCUCCUCGACGAAUAGUACUCGAAAGUUGAGUACUUCAACGCUACAGCCAAGUAGCUCGCGGACGAACGGGAUGGGCCCUCCAAAUAUCCCGAACAGUAAAUCCACACCUUCGACCUUGAAAGCACCAUCUAGGCCGAGCUCUCCUCCGAACCAAGGCUCUUUGUCAGUCUCCAACUCUGGUGCAUUUGCCUCUAUCAAGAACACUCUCGCUCGGACCGCAGGUGCGGAAACGCCGAGUAGUACUGCGCAGUCUAUCUCUGGAAAGUCUACACCGGGUCAUACGCCCUCACAUUCAGCUUCGAAUCUCCUGUCCAAGAUUGUGAAGAAACCGCCUGGCCCAUCGCCCUCCGACGUGACCACUUUGCUAUCGGCUCUCUAUACUUUCAUGAGUCUCUCCGGUAUCAACCCAGCGCUGAUCAUACAGACGUUUAGUCAGGUGCUGUAUUGGUCGUCAUGCGAAAUGUUCAACCGCAUUCUACAACGGAAAAAGUACUUGUGUAGAGGCAGAGCUCUGCACAUCGCACUCAACCUUGGUGUCCUCGAGGAGUGGGUGAGCGGAGGCGUUGGCGUUGGAUUACCGCGCGAGGUUGGCAAACACUUCAAAGUUGUGCGAGAGCUCGUCACAUGGGUCCAAUGCUGCUCUUCCAUUGAUCAAUUCGCAUCCCUCAUUGCCACGGUUCAGACUUUUCGAGAACUAAAUCCACUUCAAAUGCGGCGCGUGGUUCGAGACUAUCGGUUCGAAGUCGGAGAAUCGCAUAUGACUGAUGAGUGCACGCAAUACCUGGCCCAAUUGCAGAAGGACUGGGAAAGACAACGAGUCAAAAUGGGUGUCGAAGCGCUAAAAAAAGAGGCAAAGAAUCAGAUGGGAGAACGCGAGUCUUCAAUUUCGUCACGGGGGGAUCCGGCAAACGACUCUUCUCCACCUCAAGGUCAUUCGCUCUCGGCAUCUUCAUCGACCGACUUUGUGGCACAGAAAGCCAUUGACAACCUAUUCUCGCGCACCUUUGAAAAGUCAGACUGGCAACCUGCCAAACCGCCUGUUGUGCUUGGAGAACUCCUCGAUUCGAGAUACAUGCUUCCUCUUCUAUUGCCGUCAGAUCCCAAACACCUCGGAGCACUCCCGGUACUCCCUCGCGACCGAAGUGGAAAGAGGCGCAGUGGGAUUCACGGACUUAUGUACCUCACUCCCGAUAUUGACGGGCAGGAUCCUGGCGACAGCCGUUCACGGUCAAACUCUCGUGCACCUUCCGUGGCGGGAUCCAGGGCCGGUAGCGUGGCGAGUGCGGCCAAUCAUGGGGCAAUGGAGUGGCUUGCACGCACACGGAAACUGAGAGUGGUGGACAAGGGGAUCCUCAAGCAUCUCGGAGACGAUGAAGUGGCUAGCGAACUGGAGACGAUUGCGGCAAAGUGGCGAUUCGCGUGGGAUAAUACGCUCGCCGGCGCCGGUGUUGGAGAUCACGAGACGGGCGAAUUACUCGCAAACGCAAUUGCUGCCGCCAAUCUGGUGCAAAACGAUGUGAAUGAAGAUGGAGAGGCUAUGAUUAGGGACGGAAGCUCACCAGCACCAGAGUCGAUACAUUUGACGCAAGAACCUGCGCGACCACUCAGAGAGAACCGGAGAAGAGCGAGUGAAAUGGGAGAGGAUGUGGACUACCCGGACUUGCCGCCGUCACCAGCGAUUCCAACCGGGCCCCCGCGAUAA